CAAAUAUCUUGCUCAGUGUCAUUUUUGUAUCAAAGUUGGUAUUUUUCCAAAGCAAGUUUUUCAUUUUUUUUUUUAAUCGACGCUCCUACACUUUCUACUUUCACUCGGCGGAGAUCUGCGUGCACACAGAACUGUCAUGUCAUUAUCCAAGCUGCUUAUCCUCACAAGGGUUGCGGGAAAGCUGGAGCCUGUCCCAGCUAGCUUCGGGCGAAAGGCAGACUACACCUUGAACCCGUCGCCAGUCAGUCGCAGGGCAGAUAACCAAACCGUCGCUAAGCGGGAAUCGAUCCCACGCUACCCGCAUCAAAGGCAGGCGUGCGUACCACUGCACCAUUAGUGACUCACGCAAUUUGUUUUUGUGUGGUGGUUUUUGUUCUCAGAGCACACCGCACGAAAUAUGAAUCUUCAAAGAUGUUAGUAAUCCUUAAGUGUGUACCAGGCACUUCUCCGAGCACGCCCUCUCCGUCCUUGACAGGAACGCGUCGGAUGUAGCGGAGGAAAAAGACGCACGCGAGGAGGAUGCAGCCUGCGUCCUGUCAGCCGGCCGGCGUGGAGGGAAGGCACCGCUCCACAGUCGAAGUGAGGUGAAACCGGGGGAAGGCGACGGACUUCCUUCCAAAAGCUCGCCCACCAUCACUUGGGACGACUUCGCCGUCUCAUUCGUGGACACUCGGUACUCCCCUCUAUGAACGAGACGCUUAAUUGUCGGACUUUGGGCCAAAGUAGAGUCCGGCCACAGCACGAUGUGACCACGCUGAGCUGAGCGAAUUCGGACUUAUUCGUUCCCGUUUUUUAUCGAUCCGGCGACGCGCGAUUCAAGGAUGGGCAAACUACAAUCUAAACACGCGUGCAAGCGUAGAGAGAACCCAGAAGGGGACAGUUUUGUUGUGAACGCUUUCCUCCGGAGGGGGUUGGACGAAUCCGAGCGCUAUGGAGGAAUGGAUCAUAAGAUAAAGAACAUGCAGGAGUUUCCGAACGAGCAUUUGAAAGCGGGACACCUCGCAGAGCAACACUGCCCCCUAGAGGUGGCCCUCCCCCCCGAAAAGGCAGAGGGCUGCGAGAACUACCUUCAGUACCUUCACCCGGAGGACGGGGAGCGAGAAACCAAAUCUAACGGCAAGAAGCGCAUCAGUCUGGAUGACUUGGAGUGCGACGUCUCACUGGAGGAUGACAACCGGCAGGAGUGGAUAUUUACGCUUUACGACUUUGACAACAGCGGCAAAGUGACAAAGGAGGAUAUGUCCAGCCUGAUGCACACCAUCUACGAUGUCGUGGACGCCUCGGUCAACCACUCCUGCCAUAAUAAAAGCAAGACGCUGCGCGUGAAGCUGACCGUCACUCCGGAGCCUCGAUGUCACAAAAGAGAAACGGGAACAGAACGCUGCCACCAGGAGGAAAGUCGUUCAUCCGACAAGCGCAUGUCGGCCUACAUCAGGGGCCAAAGCAGUGAGGCGCCGCCGACCGCUGAAGGCCAGCAUUACUGUGUGGAUGAAAACACUGAGCGGAGGAAUCACUACCUGGAUUUGGCUGGCAUAGAGAACUACACCUCCAGGUUUGAAGGAACAAGCCCUCCCAACGAGAGCCACAGUCGCAGCUCCCAGAGCCAGAACCGCUGUCGCUCCCACGAGCCAGAAGCCCAGGUCGUUCACCAGCGGCGCUCGCAGGUCAUCGGCGACGGUUACAACCCCGCAGAGUUCCGGGGUAAAGGGGUACAGUUUGUGAAAUCCCCCAAGGGAACCAACAAAGGAGGGAACAGCGGCGGCGGCGGGGGCAAAUCGACUAAAUGCCACGGCUACCACCCUCCUUUGCAAAGUGUGCUGCAUAGCGCCAGCGGGGCCGCCCACGGGGGUCAGGAUGUAUACCACUUACCGCACCAGGUCCAAGCGUCCGGCCACCACCAACACCCUCUCCAGUACAGUCACAGCAGACGCGUCAGGGCCAAAGCCCGCGAGGCGCUUUCCCCAGGGAAAACCCCCCUGUCCCCGCAGCCCACCCUGCCCUCCGCGCUGCCGGGCCUGGAGCGGGAGCAAGUGUCCGGCCCCCCCGGGAGCCCGGGCUUCGUGGUUCCCGUGGUCCAGCGCCACGAGCACCACCAUCACCACGAACACCAUCACCACCACCACUAUCACCAUUACCACCAGACAUGACCGCCUCCGUUCGCGUCUUGCGGACCGGACCAAGCGCCACUCCCAGUCCCAGAUCUUUGUACUCUCCUCGUUCAAGCUAUCCAGAUAUAUCCCGACACGUAUGGAGGAGUUUUCGAUUGUGAUGCCCGGCCGUAGUGGACCUGAAAGGGGUUUCGAAGCUAUUGUGUUCCCACAAAUGUUGUGUGGCACGGUUUAGAUUUUUUGUAUUUUUUUUUUUAUUUUGAAACGAGUCUUUGCUGGGACCGCAGAACCUAUUUUCAGUAACAGCGAGCACAUGCACACACGCACACGCCAGAAAGUCAAAAACCAGGAAAAUUUUGAAACCCGUUUUUUCCCCUCAUGAUGCUGUCGACGGUCGUUGGAAGCGUCACGUCACGUUCUGUAGGAGACCUCUCCAAAAAUAACACGGAUCUCAGGUGUAAAGGUGCUGCUUUUUCACAGAGGCCUCUCUAGCUGUGGACUGUAUGGGGUUGGACUUUUUUUUUUUUGGGGGGGGGGAUUAUAAAAUCACCACUGACAGUUUUUAUGCAAAGAAAAAAUAAUCUUGCUAUGUGUACUGUAUAAAAAAUAUGUAUAAACACAUUUUACAGUAUAAUUAUAAUACUAUAUAUGCAUAUGUCAUCAUGAAUUUAAUUAUGCAUAGGUGUAUUUUGUCUUUUAUAUAUGGUAAUAAACAUUAUCGAGAU